GUUUGUGGCGUCAACAGUCUCGCGUCAUGUUUUCACGUCUCUGCUCUCUGCGUGGGCCACUUGUCUUCAUCAUGCUGUCUUAUGUGCUGUCUCGAGGUUUCUGUCAAGUUGUUGCGGAAGUGAACCGCACGUCUUACCCGACCUUUGGCUCAGUUUUACGGGCUUUUACAACCUCAAGUCCCAAAUACGGAGAAGCAUCCGACAACGCUUCAGUGGUCACCCACUCGCAGCUGAAGACCAUGCUGUCCAACCAAGACAUUCAGCUGUUUGAUGUGAGAAAUCCUGAUGAAUACCAGGCUGGACGUAUACCAGAUGCUGUCAACAUCCCACUGGGUGUCCUGGAGGAGUCUCUGAAGCUGUCCCCAAAUCAGUUUCAGCAGAAAUUUGAAGUGAAGGCUCCUGGGAAAGAUGACGAUAACAUUGUGUUUCACUGCAAAAGUGGCAACAGGAGCGCCAAGGCGCUGGACAUCGCCCGUCAGCUUGGAUUUAGAAGGUCGAGACAUUAUAAAGGAGGGUACGCUGAGUGGGAAGAGCUAGAAGGAAAAUGAACCCGGGCUGAAUUCAGCACUUUAGCUCCAUAUUUAAAUGAAAAUGAAACCGCUAAUACAGAAUAUAUAUGAGAGAUAUCUUGGGCAACACUCAGUUGACUGUUUAUAAGUUACAUAUUUCAUUCAUAAUCACUGUUACUUUAGCUGUUUUGGCACUUUAAAGAUUAAACUUCUUUGACAUGUUACUUUUUCUUUUGGCUGCUGAUUUAACACAACUGUAUCGCUUUAUUCUGUGAUUUAUGACAAACUAAUUAAGGGGAUAGUUCAGAUUUAUUGAAGUGUGCUUGUAUGAGGUAUUUAUCCGUCGUAAGUGUAUUUUCUUCAGAAGUUAAGCGAUGUGCUACUUUGGAUGGAGGGUUGGGAUUAUCCCAGAGGGCACAACAGGUCAGUUUACAUAAUUUUUUAAAAAUUCUCUCACUGUAAAGAAAUGCUACUAUGGGGGUUAACAUCAUCACACAUGCAUAUAAUUGGGUUCAAUGUAUCCACAAGAGUCUCAGCUAUCUAUUGAUAUCCAAUUUAAGCAAGACUGUUUAGGGACUAAUGUAUCCAUAGAUCUUCUUGGUUUUUAUUAUAUAAUAAUAAUAAUACAUUUUAUUUGGAGGCGCCUUUCUUGCCACUCAAGGACACCGUACAAAAGGAUGGAAAAGAAACAGCAAUAAAAUACACAGAAUUAAUAAAAAUACAAUAGAUAGAUUGGACAGGGUAAAAGUCAUCAGAGGGAGUAAGCAGUUUUCAAAAGAUGUGUUUUGAGUAGUGAUUUGAAAUGGGGGAGUGAGUCAGUGUGAGUAAUGAGUUGGGGAGCAUCAGUGUCUUCUCUGUAGCCUUGAAAUUGAGUCUGCUACAGCGUCUGAAAGAAAGAAAACAGGCAAAAGUUGUUCCGAGUGGUCAAGUAUAUGCUAUAUGUGGAAUAUUUUCACCAAUUUGCUUUUACCCUCAGACAGCUAUGUUUCAGUAAAUAUGGGGAGACUAAAGUCAAUCUAUACUCCUUUCAAAGUCACCAGACUCUAUUGGUAGAAACAGUAAUUUUACCUUGCAGAAGACAAGAGUUUCUGGUUAUCACUGCCCUUAUCAUUUAGUUUGUUUGUGUUAUUGUUGGACUUCUGUAAAUCCCAACUAACCCUUUAAAACACCACAGACACACGAUAACACAAACAUACUAAAUGAUCGAGGCAGCAGUAGAUCACUGACUCUUCCUGCAAGAUAAAAUUACUGUUUUUGUCAAGAGUAUUGAUAACGGCUUCUGUCCCCCACUUAUGAACUAAAACAGGACUAUCUAAUGACAAAAAAAUGGUAAAGCAGUUUUGUGAUGUCAACCAUGUUUUAUGUGCAAUGUGAUUACGUAUUGUCUGUGUGUUCUUUUUGUUUCAUGUUAUGUAUUCAUAUAAUGUAUGUCAUGUCUGUUAUCAUUCUGUGUAUUUCAACAUUGUAUUUGUCCCACUGAAAUAUAAUAGACCCCAGGAAGAAUAGCUGCUGCUUUGCAAAAGCUAAUGGGGAUCUAAAUAAAAUAAAAACAAACAAACAAAAUAUUCAGAAUACAGCAUACAUUUAACCUGAUAAUGAUUUUAUUUAAGUGGUCCUUUUUUCUGUGCUCCAGUGAAUGGACCGUUUGUUAUAAGUAGCUCAUACAACCCCACUUCAAAAAAUCUGAAAUGUCCCCAAAUGUGAAAGUGUUGGGUUUUUAAAAAAAAAAAAAAAUUGUAUUAAAUUAUAUAACAAUUUCAA